GCGAGUAAACAAUGCGUGUUUCUCCCCUCUCUGCUCCCUCCCGCUAUUGCGACUCCGCCUGGACUCCAUCAGUCCAGCUCUGCCAAACAGGCUGCGGCGGCGGCCCAAGAAAUCCGCCGGGCCCUCGAGCCGUCGCGCGACCGCAAGUACACGCGCACGCCUAUACCUCCGUCGCCUUUGCCUGCCUUGGCGUUACGGCGUAGGGAGGGAGGGAUGGUGCUUUUGCCUUUCCAUGCCGCCUAUUUAUAGAGGCAAUCAGGCAACACACAGCAAGCAACUGAGCAUCACAACAGCAGCAGCGAGAAAAGAAAGAAAGAAAGAAAGAAAGAAGCGGCGUCUGGCCACCGUACCCCGCCGGCCGGAGAUCAGAUAACAAGCAAGCGCCGCAACGCACGCGACGGGCCGGCCGGGGAGGCGUAUAAGUACGGGCGCGUCUUCUUCCGCCGCUGCCCCGACAUCUCCCUCUCUCGCUGGUGCGAGAGCGCGCGCGCAAGCAAGCAAGGAGCGUCGUGUCUAGCUAGCUGAGCACCUGGUUUUGGAGCAUGGAGGACAACGGUGCCGCCGCCGCCGCCGCCGCUCCCGCGACGAGCAUGCCUGCCGAGAAGCGUGUGGCGGUCAUCCAGGGGGACGCGCCGCCGGAGCCGGCGGCGGGGCUACUGCCCUGCGGGCCGAGGAAGACGGGGCUCCACCUCUUCGUCAUGAACAUCAGGAGCGUCUUCAAGCUGGACGGGCUUGGGUCGGAGGUGCUGCGCAUCGCGGUGCCCGCGUCGCUUGCGUUGGCGGCGGAUCCGCUCGCCUCUUUGGUGGACACGGCGUUCAUCGGCCGUUUAGGUUCGGUGGAGAUCGCCGCCGUUGGCGUUUCGAUCGCCAUAUUUAACCAAGUCUCCAAGGUCUGCAUCUACCCUCUCGUUAGCGUCACAACGUCGUUCGUCGCGGAGGAAGACGCGAUCAUCAGUAAGGCCGUCCGAGGAAACAGCAGCCAGGAGGAGGACGUGGAGAAAGCCUCCCACGUGGGCUUUGAUCCGGAGACCAGCAAUCUGCAUGCAUCUGGCCCUGCAGGUAUGGCAGAAUGCGUGAACUCGUGUAUCCCUACGGAGUGCGCAGCAGAUCCCUCUGGCAGGCAAGGGCGGUGCGAGAAGAGGUACGUGCCGUCGGUCACGUCGGCGCUAAUAGUCGGUUCCAUUCUCGGCCUGCUUCAGGCCGUCUUCCUGGUCCUUUCGGCCAGAUUCGUGCUCAACAUCAUGGGUGUUAAGUCCGGAUCCCCGAUGCAAGGGCCUGCGGUGCGCUACCUAACGAUAAGGUCCCUUGGUGCCCCCGCUGUGCUGCUGUCUCUGGCCAUGCAAGGGGUUUUCCGGGGGUUCAAGGACACCAAGACACCGUUAUACGCUACUGUGGUUGGCGACGCGGCGAACAUCAUACUGGACCCGAUUUUGAUGUUUGUUUGCCAUAUGGGCGUCACUGGUGCGGCUAUUGCUCAUGUUGUUUCUCAGUACAUGAUAACGUUGAUACUGCUGUGCCGGCUCGUCCAGCGAGUUCACGUUAUCCCACCCAGCAUUAAAUCUCUGAAAUUUGGGAGGUUUCUUGGAUGUGGUGAGAUACCGUUGGAAUCCAGAGCCCGGAUAAUAAUAUCUACCCUCAGGAAGGAGAUUGAACUUUUUGUUUCUGCUUCAGGAUUCCUGCUGCUCGCAAGGGUUGUCGCGGUGACGUUCUGCGUCACGCUGGCGGCGUCCCUGGCCGCUCGCCAUGGACCCACCGUCAUGGCAGGCUUCCAGAUCUGCUGCCAGCUCUGGCUGGCCACGUCUCUUCUCGCCGAUGGAUUGGCCGUGGCAGGACAGGCGGUGCUUGCAAGCGCGUUCGCCAAGAACGACAGUAAGAAGGUCGCUGCCGCGACAUCCCGUGUGUUGCAGCUGAGCAUUGUCCUGGGCAUGGGUCUCACCGUCGUGCUGGGACUUGCUAUGAGGUUCGGGGCUGGCAUUUUCACAAGCGACGUGCCCGUGAUCCAAGUCAUUCACAGAGGCAUCCCGUUUGUCGCCGGGACGCAGACCAUCAAUUCCCUGGCCUUCGUGUUUGAUGGCAUCAACUUUGGAGCGUCAGACUACAGAUACUCUGCUUACUCCAUGGUUGCUGUUGCGUCUGUGUCGAUACCAUGCCUGCUGUACCUUUCUGCGCAUAACGGAUUCAUCGGUAUAUGGAUCGCAUUGACGAUCUACAUGAGUCUGAGGACCAUAGCUAGCACCUGGAGGAUGGGGGCAGCGAGGGGACCAUGGACGUUUCUCCGGAACUGAUGAUGGAUUGGCUUGGAACUGAUGAUCUGCGGCACACUGCUGACAGAUAAGGCUGCGCCGCGCUGCGCAUGCGCCUCUCAUGUAGCAUCAGCGAAGUAUAGUACGUGUUCUGCUGGUGUUUAAAGCUUCGGAUAUCGGAGGUAGAUGUAGCUAUGGGACUAUCCCCUCCUGAUCGUCUGACUUGUGGCCUUGCGUGGAGAGUUUACGUUGCUCCGUUGAUUUAUGUUGUAUCAUGCCAGGAUGUCAGUUUAAUACCAUACAUCGGUAAAGUGUCUCUCUA